CUCAAUCUCAACGGUGUUGUGGCACUUUUAGGAAACUUCGAAAAUAACAGCUAGCUGCUGCUUUGUUUGCAUUGUUGUAACAGAUACAAAAUCUAUUGAAGGUCUAUAUCUACUCUAAAUUUUCUAAAUCAUUCUUGAUUCGUUGACUAAUCGGAAUCUCGCUCCUCUUACUCCUGAAGACAUAUUAUAUCCUGCUAGAAUAUAGAUUACUGAAAUUAUUAUAGAUAAACGCUCAUCAACCCCGGUCUCGCGAAGAUGCCGUCGGCGCAGUCGAAACUUCAAGUCCAGCGAAUUUAAGGAGUAAAAUUGUCCAGACUUGGGCAACAGCACGUCACAAAUUGCUUCUGUAUUGCGACUUAUUGGGAAAAAAGUCAGAAUUUCAAUAGGCGGAUUAGUGACGUGCCAUUGUCCAUUUCUGGACAAUUUUACGUCUUUCAUCUUCCUCAUCGCCGCCACGAUGUAAGAAUGAGUUAUGAAGAGAUUGAUAGAGUGAAUCAAUGCGUGAGCGAGUGAGUGAGUUUGAAUGUCGGCAGAGAAGUGCUUGACUCUGAGUGAGCAAGGAAUGAAUGACAAUGAAAUGACUACUAUCCCAUCAUCUUCAGCAUCUUCAUCUAAAUAUAUCUCGAAGCAGAGAUUCGAAUCUUGCUGCAGAUGCUCGACGUCGUCAACGACCGAAGCAGCGCAUCCUCGAAGGAAACGAUCUUUCACUUGCUCGACCUCAAGGAGCGCCAUACCAUCUGGCUCAAAUUGGCGCUGGGUGAAACGACUCAGGUAA